AUGCCUCGGCGCUUCAUAGAGGCCGCUACCAACGGUCUACUAACUGCUGCCCUCGUUUACUGCUCCUUGGGUGCUGGCACGUGGGUAACACAAACGCAUGCACUUCGCCGGAAAAUCGCUGAUGAACGGGGGUCUCUACCCACUCUGAUGGUUGACGAGGAUUUACUGCUCGCUAAGAAACGUGUCUUUGGACAGGACCGGGUGCUUCUAGCUCAGAAUAUGGCGUUUUGGAACUUUUUGCGAGAAAAAUCCAAUACGCAUACUGUUUGUAUAAAGCAGAAGGGGAUUGUUCCUACGGGUGUCCUUAAGCAGCUAUGCCUUAGUAUGAAUUUGCCCAUAAGCACAAAGCCUAAUCCAAAGACUCCAUUGUGCAACCAUAUAGAAUUACAGCAUGAGAAAAGCGGGUCAUGUCUGCAGGGGCUGAUUGGUAAGGCCCUGUCAUCCUUGCGCACUGCACAACCUCCAGGGACAAUCGUUCAUUUAAGGUCUCGCGCAGAGGUGCAGUACCUGCCUCCAUACUAUGACAGAUUGGUGAACGGUCGAGCUGGUCAAUGCAUAGCCUUGGUGGAUGAAAUUACUGAAUUGGAAGCUGCCAAUACAGAGACUGCAGAUCCAGAGUACCCCUUCUAUACUCAGGGUGCGCUACGGUUGGCAGUAUCCCAGCGGCUCCUACGAGAGCCCCUCAUUUCAAUGCUUCAAGACCGUCUUUGA